AUGGUGUUGUACGAGAAGUUUGGUCGUCGCACUACAUUCUCAGCUUACUUGUUUGGAGUACGUGUUGUUGCUAGUGUUAAUCCAGAAAACUUGAAGGCUGUAUUGGCAACUCAGUUUAAUGACUUUGGCUUGGGUACCCGACACGCACACUUUAAACCAUUGUUGGGCAAUGGUGUAUUCACCUUGGAUGGCGAAGGAUGGAAAGAAAGUAGACAAAUGUUGAGACCACAAUUUGCAAGAGAACAAGUGGCUCAUGUGCAAACUAUUGAGCCGCAUUUACAAACCUUGGCCAAGCACAUUAAAACUCAUAAUGGUGGCACUUUUGAUAUACAAGAGUUGUUUUAUAAAUUGACAGUUGAUACUUCAACCGAGUUUUUAUUUGGCGAGUCGGUACAUUCUCUUUACGAUGCUUCUAUUGGAUUGGAAUGUGACCCCGAAGUUGCUGGCUUUGCUGAAGCAUUCAAUGAGACACAAAAGGCUUUAGCGGUAAGGACAUACCUUCAAGUAUUGUACUUUCUCUACAAUCCUCCAUCCUUUAAAAGAAACACCAAGAUUGUCCACAAAUUCGCCAAACGAUUUGUCAAUAGAGCACUUUGUUUAACCCCUAAAGAGUUGGAAGAACACUGCAAACACAACUAUACAUUUCUUUAUCAGUUGGCUAAGCAUACACGUGAUCCCCAAGUCUUGCAAGACCAAUUGCUAAACAUUAUGGUUGCCGGAAGAGACACUACUGCCGGUCUUUUAUCAUUCACCAUUUUUGAACUAGCACGUCAUCAAAAUGUGUGGGAAAAAUUGAAAAAGGAAAUUUACCAACACUUUGGAUCGGGUGAAGAUGCACUAGUAAACAAAAUCACAUUUGAAACUUUGAAACAAUGCACAUACCUUAAAUGGGUGCUCAAUGAAAUAUUGCGUCUUUACCCAUCAGUGCCAAUUAAUUUCCGAGUAGCUACAAAGGAUACGACAUUGCCUACAGGCGGUGGCCUUGAUGAGAAAUCACCAGUGUUUAUCGGCAAGGGAACAACUUUUGCUUAUUCUCCAUACUUGUUACAUAGAAUGCCCAUGCACUAUGGGGAAGAUGCCACUGUGUUUAGACCAGAAAGAUGGGCUGACUUGAAACAAUUGGGAUGGGCAUAUUUGCCAUUCAAUGGUGGACCCAGAAUCUGUUUGGGCCAACAAUUUGCAUUGACAGAAGCAAGCUACACCAUUUGUAGACUAGCACAGAUGUUUCCCGAUUUAAAAAGUAUGGACGAUUCCCCUGAUCCAUGUAAGAAAUUAAUUCACUUGACUAUGAGCCACAUGGAUGGUGUUUGGAUACAAAUGAGUGAGUAA